AAUGGAACGGGACUUUUAUUUUGGUCUGGAACUGUGACGUCACAAGGCGGCGGCGCGCUCCUGCGUCUGUGAUUCAGAUCAACGAAGAUUGUCCACACACAGAGAAACAAACACUGGUGAAACAGCUGAGAUUCAUGACACACGGUUAUAAAGAUGGCCUUUAUUAAAGAGGAGACUGAAGAAGUGAAGAUUGAAGAAACAUUGAGUCUGAAACAAGAAGAUACUGAGGAACAAACAGAUAUGAAUGAAGGUCUUACACAGAUGCUCACUGACGGCCUGACGUUGACCAAUAGCUUGACCUGAUGCCGCUGAAAGAGGAUUGUCCAGAAUUUAAUAAAAAGGAAGAACAAAAUCUGUAUGAAAAUGUUGAUUUCACAACUGGAGAAAAAACUUCUGGUUGCUCACUGACUGAAAAGACAUCCACACAAAAUAGAAGUCGCUCCUGCAUUCAGUGUGGAAAGUUUUUCUCAAGCCAUGCAUACCUUGAUGUCCAUAUGAGAAUUCACAAAGGAGAGAAGCCUUUUACAUGCAAACAGUGUGGAAGGAGUUUCACUGAAAAAGGAAGCCUUAACAGGCACAUGAUGAUUCACACCGGAGAGAAGCAGUUCUCCUGCCAAGAAUGUGGAAAAAGUUUCUAUAAUAGGAGUCACCUUAAAGACCACAUGAGUGUUCACAGUGCAGAGAGAGCUUUUACCUGCUCUCAAUGUGGAAAAGGUUUCUAUCAAAGAAAAACACUUAAUAAACACAUCAGAUAUUACUGUGGAGAGAAGCCCUACAUAUGUCCACAGUGUGGAAAGAGUUUUAGACAUGAAGCAACAUUAAACACGCAUUUGAGAGACCACACUGGAGAAAAUCUGUUUGUAUGUUGUCAGUGUGGAAAGAGCUUCAGAUAUAAAGCAACAUUGAACACCCAUUUGAGAGUCCACACUGGAGAAAACAUGUUCAAAUGUGAUAAGUGUGGAAAGACCUUCAGAUAUAAAGCAACAUUGAACACCCAUUUGAGAGACCACACUGGAGAAAACAUGUUCAAAUGUGAUAAGUGUGGAAAGAGCUUCAGAUAUAAAGCAACAUUGAACACCCAUUUGAGAGUCCACACUGGAGAAAGCCUGCUCGUAUGUGAUCAGUGUGGAAAGGGCUUCAGAUGUAAAGUAAAUCUUACAAUGCACAAAAGAGUUCACAUUGUUCACAAACCAGAUGGACCUGAAAUGUCAGUUGCAAUCCCAUCAGUAGCACACUGUUUUCUAUUAAAAAAGUAAUAUACUGUAGAAAAUAAUGCAUUUUGGUCAUUAUCUGCCCCCUGGCUGUCCGAGGUUCUCUGUGAACAUCGCUCAUCUCUUCCUUCUCUGUAAAUGUCUUCACUGCUAAAACAUCCUACUACCACAACAAAAAUAACAGCUGUAGUAAUGAUCGGACACUCUUCAAAACUUUCUCUUCUCUCCUUAAUCCGCCUCCACCUCCUCCUCCAUCGACUCUUACAGCGGACGACUUUGCAGUUUUCUACACAAAUAAGACAAGAACCAUCAGUGACCAAUUCUCCACACCACAGCCUGAGGAUAAUUUCACUCCUCCUCUCCACUCUCAGAGAUGGACAUUUCCAAACUUAUCCUGUCCAAUCAUCCUACUACUUGUCCACUUGAUCCAAUCCCCACUCACCUCCUUCAAGCGAUCUCUUCUUCAGUCACACCUUCACUUUUUCACAUUAUCAACUCUUCUCUUCACUCUGGAACAUUUCCCUCAGCAUUUAAGCAGGCUCGGGUAAGCCCACUGCUUAAGAAACCAUCUCUAAUUCCAGCGCUUCUAGAAAACUACAGACCGGUAUCCCUUCUUCCAUUCAUUGCAAAGACACUUGAGCGAGCCGUGUUCAACCAGCUUUGUAUGUUCCUUGUACAAGAACAACCUCUUGGACAGCAACCAAUCUGGCUUCAAAAGUGGACACUCAACUGAGACUGCCCUCCUCUCAGUUAUUGAAGCCCUGCAUCUGGCAAGAGCAGCUUCAAAAUCCUCAGUACUCAUUUUACUGGACCAGUCUGCUGAUUUUGACACUGUUAAUCACCAGAUUCUCCUGUCUUCCCUCAGAAAGAUGGGCAUCUCUGGAACCGCACUCCUGUGUUUGAAGUCCUACCUCUCCAAUAGAUCCUUCAGCAUGUCUUAGAGGGGUAAUGUUUCUAAGUCACAACAACUUGCUACUGGGGUUCCUCAAGGCUCAGUACUUGGACCACUUCUCUUCUCCAUCUACAUGACGUCAUUAGAAACUUCUUAUCACUGCUACACUGAUGACACCCAACUCUACUUCUCAUUCCAACCAGGUGACCCGACGGUAGCUGCUCGCAUUUCAGCCUGUCUGAGUGACAUCUCUAGCUGGAUGAAUGACCAUCACCUUCAGCUUAACCUUACGAAGACAGAACUCCUGGUGAUUCCAGCUAACCCAUUGCUUCAUCACAACUUCUCUAUACAGCUGGGUUCGUCAAUCAUAACUCCUUCCAGGACAGCCAGAAACCUAGGAGUUGCCAUGAAUCAUCAGUUAAGCUUCACAGAUCACAUUGCUACAACGACCUGGUCCUGCAGAUUUGCCCUAUACAACAUACAACUGGACUAUUGUAAUGCUCUCCUGGUGAUCCUUCCUGCAUGUACUAUCAAGCCUCUCCAAUUGAUCCAGAAUGCAGCACCAAGGGUUGUCUUCAAUGAGCCAAAAAAAAGCUCACGUCACUCCUCUCCUCAUCAGGUUACACUGGCUACCAGUAACUGCUAGCAUCAAAUUCAAGGUACUAAUGCUUCCCUACAAGAUGACCACUGGCUUGGCACCAACAUAACUAAACUCACUGGUUAUUUAAUGUGCCCUCCAGAAGUUUGCACUCUGCAAGUGAACGACGCCUUGUGGUGCCAUCCCAAAAAACUUCUAAAUCACUCUCACGCAGCUUUUCCUGGACUGUGCCCAGCUGGUGGAAUGACCUCCCAAUCUCAAUUCGAACAGCUGAGUCUUUACUAAUUUUCAAGAAACAUCUAAAGACUGAUCUUUUUCGCCAGUACUUAACCAACUAAUACUAGCACUUUUCCUAUUCUUGUUUUAAAUGUAUAUGUAUAAAAAAAAAAAUUGGAUUGUAGCUUACCAACUCGAGCUGGAGUUUGAUGAUGAAAUGGUUGAAGUGGUUGAUUGUCAAGCAGGGGCGGACUGGGCCAUUUGGACGUUCUGCAGAUGUCCAUCCAACAGCCAUUCAUCAUCAUAGAAAAGGUGUCAGAUAAAGUGAUGUUGGCAGCCGACAAAUGGGGGUGCUAAUGAAAUCCAUUUUUGCUUAAAAGAAACAAAACUGUUUUAUACGGCCCGCAAUGAAUUGUAGCAUGGCUGGAUCAUUUUAGACUAAGAUGAUCAAUUUUAAAAUAUUUUAAAAGUAAGUCACAAAAAGAUUGCUUUCAGUUUAAUACUAUCUCCAACCAGGAGAGGUCGCUAGUUUCCAGUCGCUCCCCAUACUCAUUUCAGUGUUUUUAUACAGUCUAUGAAUAGGAUGUGCACUCUAAUGUAAACAUUGACUAAAAUUAGAAAAUAAUAAAUGAAAAACUGACCAUGAAAA